CUACAAGCAGCUGUCAAAUUCAUUUGUUUGCGUGUGUCUCUGAUUUCGCCGAAAGCUUCAUUUGGAUUAAACUCUAUAUUAGAUUAAGUACUUAAUUGUAAACGUAAGAAUAAAGACAGCAUGCUACACACACUAUUUUUCGUGGCAUUAGCACUAAUCAGCUGUCUGCCCAGCAAUAACGCUGCCCAGACCAAUUUUGUGACGUGUGGCUCAAUACUGAAACUGCUCAAUUCUGAUUAUUCGUUCCGCCUGCAUUCCCAUGAUGUUAAAUACGGCUCUGGAUCGGGUCAACAAUCCGUGACUGGCGUCGAGCAAAAGGAGGAUGUCAACAGCCAUUGGACUGUGAAGGGGCAGAAUAACAAAAUGUGCGAGCGUGGUGAACCAAUUGCUUGCGGCGCUACCAUCCGAUUGGAGCACUUGACUACCAAAAAGAACCUGCACUCGCAUCAUUUCUCCUCUCCGCUUUCCGGUGAACAGGAAGUCUCGGCCUAUGGUGUCGAUGGCGUUGGCGAUACUGGCGAUCAUUGGGAUGUGAUUUGCUCGAACGAGAGCUGGAUGCGUGAUGCGCACGUGCGCCUGCGACAUGUUGAUACCGGCAUGUAUUUGGGCAUGUCAGGUCGCUCCUAUGGCCGCCCCAUAUCCGGACAAAUGGAAAUCGUGGGACUUCACAGUCCUCAACAUGGCACACGUUGGACCACAUCCGAGGGACUUUAUAUCGUGCCCAAGGAUAAGGAUUCCACGCAUGAGGAAUAUGCUCACACAGAGCUGUAGUUGCAGCAAAUCCUUUAACUAUACUUAAGAUGAUUAAAUUAUAAUUUAGCAGAAUUUAUGUGAAAGCGAAUUAUUUAAGCUGCAAAUCCCAUUUUUGUGUGUGAAAUUAAAAAAACAAAACAUUUGCCAAAUCAA